UCACUUUAAUUUGAGAUGGAAGGUUUCCCAGCGUUUCCAUUUUAUUAAGAUUACUUAAUAAACUUGGUUGACUCUAAAAGGUUAUUAGACAAAUUUAUGGAGGAUAACACUAUUAAUAUCUAUAUGAUGGCUCUAUUCUCUCUCCACUGUUAGUCGCAGUAUUCCUCUGAAUACCCUCAAAGGUGCACUCCUUUGUCUCCCGAGACAGAUGGAUGCCAACAACCAGUUGCUGGGAAUCACAAGUGGCAAUCCAGUCCUGCUUGCGGACUUCUCAUAGGCAUCUGGUUGGUCGUGGAGGGAACAGGAUGCUGGACUAAAUGGGCCUUUGGCCUGAUGUAGCAGGAUCUUAAUAAGUUCUUACUCUAUAGCUUGUUAAAAGUGGGACAUUUAAAGCAGCCCCAAGGAAUCCUGGGAAUGUUAGCUUACCCUCACAGAGUUACGUUUCCCAGCACUGUCAACAAACUUGAGCUUCCAUGGUUCUUUUUUAGGGUAGGGCACUUAAUGAUGGUGACAAAGCACUGAAGCUAAGCAAAAGCUUUGUUUUCAGUGAAAUAAUAUCAGCCGCCAUCUGGAGCAGUUAAGCAUCCUAAUAACCAUUUACUUAUGCUGGUGCGCAUAUGAGUACCUUUAAUAGUGGCUAGCUUGCUGCUUGAAGCUUAGAAGUGGUUGCAGAAAGGAAGUAUGGUUCAGUAUAAUCCACACCAUGUGGUAACUAAGCAACAGGGCUUUUCAACACUGUGUUGACUGACUGCGACCACAGAGAGGCAACUUUUAUUCUGUUCACUUUGAAAGAGACAGCUUUUAACUGUUACAUUUUACAUUACUGACGAGCAAGAUCUGCUCUCUGUGGGAAGACUUCUAAGGCACAUAAUCCUACUAAGAGAAAUGGCUGAAACCCUGGAACAAGAACCCAUAUAUUUCUUUGACCAGCUCAAAAUUACUGGUAAACGAAAGCGAAAUAUGAAAAUAGAACCAGGAGAACACUUUGUUGAUAUAAAUUUAAUCAGCACAGAUCCAGAUCCUCAUGAAAUUCACAGGAACUCUGGAUGCAUGGAUGAACACAGGGAAAUAAAUUAUGCUUUUGUGAAAGACAGAAAAGCAAAGAAAGAACCAGUUUCUACUAAAACAGAUGAUCCUUCUAUAUCCAUAAACAUUUGUGAGAAUCCUCUGGCUCACCUCUCCCAAAUACCUUCACUUCCACCUACAGAAGAAGACCUACGGUCAACUUCACUGGAAGAACAUAAAUGCAUGGCUGCUACCAUAUUAUGUGAGCUGGAAGAAAUGUUGAAGCGUUUUACCAAGUUUAAGUUUAUUUUACCACAAGGGGUUUUAAAUAUAUUGAGCUCCAGUUGGAAAGAUCUCACUGAAGGUGUCUGGCAAAAUAAAAAAUAUUUGCAGGAAUUAGCAUACAAAAACUUUAAAUCAAGGAGAAGGCAAGCAUCGGAGGAGUCCAACAGAUUGCCACCUACAUUUGAAUAUACUGACUAUGAGACGGCUAAAAAUGUAAAAAGGAAAAGCAGGAAAAGUGUUGAUUUUCCCAUGGGUGCGACAAAAGGAAUGGACAAUCCUGGAACUCCGUCAAACAGACUCAAUGGAAGCAAGACUGCAGUCUCUCAGCAAUAUAGCAAUGAUUCACCUUUUGCAAUCAGUUUCUCACUGUCAUCAAAACUAUGCAAGGAAAGAGGUUGGGUUUUUCAACAUUCUGACUGUGACUCUAAAGACCUAGAAUGGAAAGCACCGUAUGUCUGGGCAGUGGAAAGAUUAAGAAUGGCAAAGAUCGAAAUAACUGAACAGCUGUCUAAGCUGAAAGAAUCAGGAUUUGACAAGCCUAUUAUUCUUCGUCAUUAUGGUGAUAUCAAGAAGGAAACCUUUCCCCAAAACAUCAAAGGGCGGCCCAGUAAGAAAGUCUCUUCUGAGAGCCUGUAUGAAAAACCACAGUUGCCAGUGAUCAAGCAAGCUGAGCCAGCCUUAAAAAAACUGCACUAUGGAUUGGUUGAUGGAUCAUCCUUCAUUUACUACCCCUCUGGACAUGUUGCAGUCUGUCAGAGUUACUCUGAUCUUCCUUGUGUUGGCUUGUACACCAACAUAUUUAAUGACUGUCCCGACCGUGCGUUAGUUGGAACAUUUACUCCUUCUGGACAUGGCAGCGUUUGCUUCUCUAACAGCAGCAGCAUAGCAAUGAUAUUUAAUCAGGAAGGAGGCAUGGUGACUAAUAAAGAUGGAGAAAUACUACGCCAGUGGAAAUGGCCUGGAGAAGGGAAGCUUGAUGACCCAGUUAUUAUGCAGGUUAACAAGUGCAUCACAGUGAAGGUUGCAGGACGCUUUGCUGUUGGAUUGCUUUACAAGUGGCGACAUGAAAGCGUGCGUUUGUCUUUGUCACCGGUACGAGGUGUGGCUGGUCCACAGUUAGAAAACCUGAGCAAGAUAUUCACCGAAGUUAAUCUACCAUCUACAUCAGUAAAAGGAUUUUCUAAAACACAUGGCAAAACAGAAGACGCAAAAAAAUCUCUUAAAAAGGAAGAGAGAAUACCUAGAAUUCCAGAAGAGGAUUUAAGCCAUGUCAAAGACUACAACCCUACCAGAGAAUUAAAAGCGCUGAGAUGUAAGAUCAAGAAUAUCCUAGAAGACUGGAUGGAAUAUUACCAGAUAGCCUUAGAAAUCAGCUCACCACACACACGCAGAACCUCAGCCUUCCCUCGGAUUGCUGGCAGACAGUGCAAAACACAACAUGGGGAUGCCUUCAUUGGCUUCCAUACAGCGCAGGGAAAAAGAGAAUGA